GACUAGUCAAUCCUUAUGUAUUUUGACUCACUGAAUCCAAAUUCAAGGACUUUGAACGAGAGUUCCCUUAAAAAAUUGGGCGUAAUACCGAUGUCAGAAUAUUCGGAUCCUUAUCAUAAAAGACCGAUGACGAUGGGCGAAAUUGGUUGCUUUCUCAGUCAUUACGUCGUAUGGCAAAAGGUAUUAGAACAUGGUUACAAAAGCGUUAUGAUCUUGGAGGACGAUGUUCGCUUCGAACCAUUUUUCCGACAGAAAGUCAAUUAUGUUUUGGCGGAGUUGUCUGAUCUUAGAAUCAAGUGGGAUUUGGUAUAUAUGGGAAGGAAAAAAUUGGUGAAAUCAGAGAGUGUAGUGGAAGGAACUAAGUUCCUGGUUCGAGCGGGAUACAGUUACUGGACUCUCGGUUACAUUUUAUCGCAGAUGGGAGCGAAAAAACUAAUCGAUGCUAUGCCUCUCGGGAAAUUAAUUCCCGUUGACGAAUUCCUUCCCAUUCUUUCGGACAUGCAUCCUGAGAAACGCUGGGCGGCUCAAUUUCCUACUCGGGAUUUGAUUAUUUUAUCAACGAAUCCACUUUUAAUUUAUCCAACGCAUUAUACCGGCGAAGAUGGUCACAUUAGCGACACGGAAGAUUCAAAACUUGUGCAGGAUGCUUCUCCACUUAUCACUUUAGAAAACCGAGAGGAACUAUAAUAAAAAAAGAAAUGAUAAAAAGAGAAAAAAGUAAUCAACGAAAUCAACUGUCAACGAUUUGUAAAUUUAAUAAUAAGUAAAUUUAAUAAUAAGUAAAUUUAAUAAUAAGUAAAAAGAGAGAGUUCUUCAAACAAAAGUUUUUUAACAUAAAAUAAGGGAGAGGCGGUAUUUUAGGACAUCUUGAAUAAAUAACAAUGUUAUAACAAUUACUUUUUUCACGUUGAAUGCAUUUUUAUUUGGUAAGUAACCGAUUGAUAAUUGCUAAGGUCAAUUGAUAAAAGGUCAAUAAGGUCACAUGAGGACUUUUGCGUUGCGAACUGUUAACCUAAUCUCUAAAAUGUUAAUGAUAUUUGCUUGUUUACUGGAUGCUGUAAUUAUUUUAGCUUGCAAAUGUAAAUAUUUUUAUAUUAAACUAUUGCUCAAAAGGAAA